CAAGUGACUGAAGGCAACCAAAGAUGGAAAGGGCCAACAGCAGCUCCUUGGAGGGCUUCAUUCUGAUGGGUGUGUCUGACCAUCCCCAGCUGGAGAUGAUCUUUUUUGUAGGCAUCCUCUUCUCCUACUUGCUGACCUUAUUUGGGAACUCAGCCAUCAUCCUGCUUUCCAUCCUGGAUGCCCGGCUCCACACACCCAUGUACUUCUUCCUCAGCAACCUCUCCUCCCUGGACCUUGCCUUUACUACUAGCUCAGUCCCCCAAAUGCUGACCAACUUGUGGGGAGCAGACAAGACCAUCAGCUAUGGUGGCUGUGUGACCCAGCUCUAUGUUUUCCUCUGGCUAGGGGCCACCGAGUGCAUCCUGUUGGUGGUGAUGGCAUUUGACCGCUUCGUUGCAGUGUGCCGACCCCUGCACUACACCAGCAUUAUGAAUCCUCGGCUCUGCCGGCUGCUGGCUGCCAUUGCCUGGUUGGGUGGCUUGGGCAACUCUGUGGUCCAGUCAACAUUCACUCUGCAGCUUCCUUUGUGUGGGCACCGGAGGGUGGACAGCUUCCUGUGUGAGGUGCCUGCUAUGAUCAAACUGGCAUGUGUUGACACGAGUCUCAAUGAGGCUGUGCUCAACAGCGUCUGCACAUUCUUCACUGCUGUCCCGCUGAGCGUCAUCCUGAUCUCCUACUGCUACAUAGCUCAGGCAGUGCUGAAGAUCCGCUCCGCUGAGGGACGCAGGAAGGCCUUUAACACGUGCCUCUCCCAUUUGGUGGUGGUGCUCCUCUUCUACGGCUCAGCUAUCUAUGGGUAUCUGCUUCCAGCCAAGACCAGCAAGCAGGACCAGGGCAAAUUCAUCUCCCUCUUCUACUCUGUGGUCACACCCAUGGUGAACCCUCUCAUUUACACUCUGAGGAACAAGGAGGUGAAGGGGGCGCUGAGGAGGCUGCUGGGGAAGGGAAGAGAAGUCAGCUGAAAGAAGGGAAAAUGCCUUCAUCAUUUACCACCUUUUCAUCUCU